CAUCAAAAGCUGCUGCUUUUAUCACUUAAAUCACACCAGCGGAACGUACGUAAGAUUAAGAUUAACGCCUAGCUAUAUUUAAACACAGACAAUAUUACCUAUCAGUCGUGUCAUUGCGUGAGAACUAAGAUAAAUUCCGUACCAUUUAACCAAAAGGCGAAAAAAUAAAAAGUAAAGUUUUUCCGCUCAGUAGAUUUGCAUAUACCUUGGUUCGUAAAGGUCUACACGCGGAGCUCGAAAAUUUCAAAAAUAUAUUAAUUCUUGCCAAAUUCACGCGUGUUAAAUUAAAAAAAUAUAAUAUACAUAUGUGUGCAAUGCAAAAAAUCGCUUUUAGAUUAGACCAUCGAAAUAACGAAAACUAAAUUUGAAAGCUACAGUAUUUACUGUUACAUUUUAAAGUUAUUGAAACGACAAAUAAGUCCGCGUGACAAAAAUGGUUGUAGAAACAAUGACAGAACAAAAGAAGCGAAGCAUACUCGACACACCCGAAGGCAUUGGCUUGUCUUUCGAACAACUCACAUUCGAUACCGAAGGCAAUUGCUUACCACCGGCAUAUUUACCUACAACACCACCAAAUGAAAAAGUGUAUACAGAUGAGCCAUCAGCUGAAGACCCGCUUAAGCCAGAGUCACAGCCUAAAGUACGUAGACGCCUUAUGACCUUGGAAUUGCCGAUUUUUCUAUUGUUUAUUGCUCUGAUGUUGGGCAGUUCUGUGAUGUUGAACCAAGAGCUUUAUCAAGCUUGUACUGCCGUUUACAACUAUAAUGAGACGGACUGUGAACCAUUGCGUGGCAUUAUACCCAAGACGCCGGAGGCAAAGGCCAUUGAAAAUCGUAUUCAACCUUACGUUGCUCGAAUUACCAUGGCAUAUUCUAUAUUACAUAACGUAUGGCCAGGACUGCUCGUGCUAUUCGUAGGACCAUGGUCAGAUAAAUUUGGACGUCGACCAGUACUACUGGUAACUUUUGGAGCCUACUUCAUUGGUUACACUAUAACAGCAACAUUGGUGUACUUUUCGAAAACGCUCUCACUUAACCCCUGGUUCUAUCUUUUGGGCGGCUUACCAUCUACCAUUGUCGGUGGCAAUUGCACAAUGAUGACUGUCAUCUUCUGCUAUAUAUCUGACAUCUCCGAUGUGGAUAGUAAAGCAAAACGUAUGUUCUAUGUGGAUUUGGUUAUGGGCGUGGGUAUAGUAUUCGGCAAUAUAAUAAGUAGUUACUUGUUGCGCCUCACGAAUGUCGCUACAGUUUGUGCAACAUGUGGUAUGCUGGUGUUCAUCGCUUUAAUGUAUAUCAUUAUUUUCAUUGAUGAAAGUUUGGAUGUUGAAAAGACCACAUUGUCGCAUAAAGCUAAGCGAUUUUUUGAUGUGCGUUUAAUCAAGGAUCUCGUUAAGACCUGUGUGGCACGUCGACCCAAUUAUGGACGCGCUAUUAUCGGUUGCACAAUAUCGGUUCUAAUGGUAUCUAAUUUCAUACUAUACGGUGAAUACGGUGUGUUCUACUUGUUCUUGCGCACCAAAUUCAAUGUCACAUUGCAACAGUUUACCUACUUUAACGCCAUUACAAUAACAAUUAAGAUGAUAGGUUGUAGCUUAGCCUUCGCAAUAUUUAGAAAGCUUUUCAAACUACCACUUGCCGUUAUUGCUAUGGUGGGUUUGGUUUGCUCUUUUCUAGAUCAUUUAGGCCGUGCUUUAGCACAGAGUUUCUGGCAGAUGUAUAUGGUCUCGUUAUUCGGUAUUAUGUCGGGCAUAACAGGCCCUAUGUUGCAAGCGAUCGUUGCACUUGCCGUACCACCUAGUGAACUUGGGAAAGUUUACUCGCUAGCAUCUUGCUUUAAGACGCUCUCACCACUAAUUGCUGCGCCCUUGUACACAUACGUCUACAAUCGUACGCUGACUUUUAAUCCCGGAUUAUUUAACUUCAUUAGCACCGGACUUAUCGUGGAGUGUUUCAUAGUAAUGAUUGUAAUAAAUAUAUAUGAACGACGAGCUGCUGCCAAAAAGAGCAAAGAUGCUAAAAAUGGAGAAGCGGAAAAACCUCAAACAGAAAAGCCUCCGGCAGAUCUUAACACAUAAAAAGAUAAACUUAUGUUAAGUUGUUAUUACAAAAACAAAAAUUAAUUAGUAAAAUUGCGUGGUAUUACUGUUGGUAGGGCUUUACUGUAGGUGUAGUGUUACUUUUGAAAAAUAAAAACCAUAAAAUAGUUUUAAUGAUUCAA